GCGGAACCACUCGUUUCUCUGCGUGGAUCUGCCCCGUCCAGUGGAGUCCAGUCCGUCACAAACACAGAAUCACUUCGCAGACAGGCUUUGCCUCCACUGCCAUCUCACAGACACAGGUAGGCAGGAACUCAAGUCAGAUGGUGCUGCAUCCCUGCACAUGCAGAGCAGGCGUGAGGCACACAGGUUCAUAUUUGCAAAUGGCUUGCCUCUAAACCUGGAAAUACUCUAUUGGAGUUAAACAACAGACAAAGAGAGGGAGCCGUCACCACCGACUGACUGAAAACAAACAAGCCUGCGAUGUCAGGACGGAAGUGUGCGGAGAAAAGUGUUAAUAUGUGAAUUGAAGAAAUGCCCCACAAACAUUGAAAAUAAUUGACUCAUACAGGAUUUUUAUUUAUUUAUUUUUUCUUUAUUGCAACCACUGCAGAAACUAUUUUGUGUGUGUGUGUGUGGUGCCCCUCUUUGCAGUGAGCUGUCCCAUUUACCGCAUUUUUAAAACUAAUUUUCUUUAACCUCACAUAGACUAAUUGCAGAUGAUGCGGACAGACAGCAGAGGCCGAAGUGCCUCCCCUCACCGGAUUACAUACAAAUCUGACUUUCAUGCUAUCAAAUGCACAUUUGACACUGGAAUUAGUCUGCAAGGAGGGCCCAAAGCUGCUUCUGCUGCUGUUGCCAUCCAGGGUUCUGCGGUGCCCUCUGACUACCUGUCCACCAGCAACAUCACAGGGAGCCGAGGUCGGAUCCAAGGGACCAGGGGCACCAAGAUAAGAGAAAACAUUUUUCUUCAAAUGGACAGCCAGCAGUCGAGACAAGACGGUGCUCUGGUCUCGGGUUCUGGCUCCAUCCCUCUCCUUUCUGCGUCGCAUCCCAGCUUUCAACUCAACGCUUCUCCUUUCCCCGAAUCCAGGCAUUCAGUCAUGAGUUUCUCCCCCUCCUUUUUGAGCAGUCUAGCAAGUAUUUCGCCCACAGAAAAACUGCUGCAAGAUAAACCGUCCAGAUCAGAGAAAAAGGUGGAUAUUGACAGAGUUGCUCUGGCUCAGAAGUUUUCGGUGACCCGGAGGCUGUUUGAGAAUAAGAUGUUGGAGGUUAGCGGCGCAGGAGGAGGACAGGUUUUAAAACCUCAGAUCAUCAGGGGAAGCAAGGGGGCUGCCGAUGGAAAAGGAGAAGUAGAAAAGCUGCAAGAGGCAAGUGAGAAAAUCAAAGAAGAGAAUGUGUCAGGUAAAGACAUAUCUAUAAACCACAGUAUAAACAUGAAGGCCCCUCAAGCUGAGUCACUGAUGAGGCAUUCUGAAUCUUCAGUGCUGAAUGGGCCUGGUGAGGUUGCAACAUCGCAGUCAAAGGAAGAGACGGGAGUCGGCUCGGCACCCGAGGAGACCCUCAGGGCAGAACUCGUCAACGUAAAGAAUGAUUCUUCAGAAAGUGACGAGAAUGAAGAAGAGGGAGUGCAGAAGGACAAAUGCUGGCCAAAAGGUGAGAUCGAAAUGCAUCUGAACAAAGCUGAUGAGGAAGAUCUGAAAGCCUCGGUAGAUGACGUCUUUGAGGAGGAUGUCUUUGUGGAAACACCUGAGAGUCUCCAUACAUUCACAGAAGGAAGAGAUGAUCUCAUCACUUCCUCAGAAUGUCACACAGAGUUAUCAGAAGACAUGCAGUGGAAAACAACUGGGAACGGAAGGGAAUGCAGAGCAGACAUGUAUCAGCAGGUGAACAAACAAUGGGAGGGCGGCAGGGAGGAGGAGCAGCACAGACACUUCACUGCACAAACUAAGAAGAGUCAAACAGAAGAAAGUGAAGACGAGGAGAAAACCGUUGGUGGAUUUAGAGAAAGUGCUGCUGGAUUAGAGGAGUUGAUCCAAGAGAUGUUUUCUGAUACGGAAGUGGUGGGGGGCGUGGAAGGUGGAGAAGAAGACUUUAAAGAAGAAGGCACAACAUCAGAGAUACAAGAGAAUGUUGUCACUGAGAAGAUGAUGCAUGUUUCAUGUAGAGAUACUGGUGAUGGAGAAGGAGGCAAAGAUGACCAAACGGAAGCUACAGGAGUCUGUGGGAUUGAGAACGGAGCAUUUUGGAAUGAUAAGGACGCCCAGUCCCGUCCAGAGCUCUCAGCAUCAUUACCAGAAGAACAGGAGAGCUGGAUGAAGGAGGGAAACCAGCUUGUCGCAGAAUAUGAGGAGAUUCCCGGUGUGCCUGAACUGGACUGUCAGAAUGAGGAUUCACCAGAGGCUGCUAAGAGGAAGGUCAGGUUCUCCACAGCACCGAUCAAGGUUUACAGCACAUAUUCCAACGCAGAUUACGACAGACACAAUGAGGACAUCGAUCCGGUGUCCGCUUCGGCUGAGUUCGAGCUGGAAAAGAGAGUGGAAAGGAUGGAUGUUUUUCCAGUGGACAUAGAAAAAGGAGUGGACGGACUGGGCAUUAGUAUCAUCGGAAUGGGUGUAGGGGCUGACCAGGGCCUGGAAAAACUGGGAAUCUUUGUUAAAACAAUCACAGAAGGAGGCGCAACCCACAAAGAUGGAAGGAUUCAGGUGAAUGAUCAGAUCGUGGAAGUGGACGGUGUAAGUCUGGUUGGAGUUUCCCAGCUGUUUGCCGCUACGGUCCUUAAAAACACAUCGGGCCUGGUCAAGUUUUUGAUUGGCCGAGAGAAGGAAGGGGUGGAGAGUGAAGUGGCGCGACUGAUCAACGAGAGUCUGGAAAUGGACAAAACAAAAAAGAGAGAACGCAGAACCAGUGUAGAUGAGGACAAUGAUGGCAAUGUGUCAGAGAGAGACUCAAUCUUUGAGGAGGAAGAAGGAGAGGAGAAUGAAGAGGAAGAGGAAGAUGUGUCUGUUUUGUCCAGUCUGGACAACUACCAGCUCUGUCUCAAAUACCAGCAGCUUCAGUCCAAACUGAGAAGCAGAACAGCUCAGCUGCACCGAGCUAAAGAGAAGUUAAAGGCAUGGGAGGAGCAGCGAGCCCGCUGGCAGAGCCUGAGAGCCGAGUUGGAACAAAGAGCACAGGAUGGAGAGGAGAAAGCAGAGAAACUAGAGAACUACUGGCAAGAGGCCCAAACGCUGUGCAAAGUCGUGAGUCAGCGACUGGCCGAUACCCAGGGCCAAACAGAAAGCCUGGAGAUCAAAUACAGCAAAGCCAAGAGACUGCUCAGAGAUUACCAGAGCAGAGAGGAUGAGAUGGACAAAAAACUUGCAGAUAUCACUAAUAACAUGGAGGAGAGAGAAAAGCAGCACAGAGAAACUGUAGAAAUGCUACAGACCCAGAUAGUGCAGCUUGGAGGAAAAGAGCCUGAACUAGAAAAAAGGAACCACACCAUUGACCCUUCAGUCACAGAUUGGUAUCUUCCAGUUCCUAAUACUGGACGUCUUGACUCCAGCGCUCACAUAGCACGAGCUCAGCUGGCCCAGAAAUCAAAACGCAACCCACCGUCGCGGGACAAACUCAAAGAGAGCUUCAAAAAACAGCAGGAGGAAGUCAUCAUUAAACCACAGGAGAGUCUCUCAAUGUCCACUUCCACAGUAGUCCAAAGCAACAGAAGUGACCGGUCCAGUACCUCCACUUCCUCAGCACUUAGUCCUCAGCCGAGCAGCACUCCCCUCUCAACCCCACCCAACUACAUCCACGACUCUACCACAUCCUCGCCACGCAAAUCCUCAGCAUCCAGAAAGUCCAGAAGGAUCUUUCCAAACUUGAGUGGCCUCCGGAAGUCGCUUGGCAAAAAGAGAAGUGAAAAAUGCAGCAGGUCAGCCAAAAGCAGUGGAUCGUGUGGUGAUCUAAUCGACGAGCCGCCAGAGGUUUCCCCGUCUGGCUUGUUCAACUCUGUGCCCUCCUGCUUGCACCUACCCUGGUUUGGAGACAGAGGGAAAGAGAAGGAGGAGGUAGAGCAAAACAGGCAAAGGUUGCGAUCGGUGUCCAGCAGCAGUUUGCCUCAUCUUACCACCGCAGACAGAAGAGAUCAGAGCAUUGGCUCUCCGGUGGACAGCUUCAGCAUGAUGGGCCACGUUUCUGAUCACUCCCUCUCUGGACAUUCUCACACUUGCACCUUUUCCUCCUCUGAGACGUUGGACGACUAUCCAAAUCCCAACAACAAUAACAAUCGCUGGCAGUGCCAGCCCGUCUCUGAGUGGAGCAACCAACAGGUGUGUCUGUGGCUGAUCAGCAUGAGCAUGAAUCGGUACACCAAAGAGUUCACUGCCAGACAGGUGGACGGCACGCAGCUGCUCCAUAUGGACAGUCAGAAACUCAAGGCUCUCGGUGUGUCGAGUCAAAAUGACCGCUCUUUCCUCAAGAAGAAACUGAAAGAAAUGAGAAGAGAGGAGAAGGAUCAAAGAAAAGAGGGAAAGAAGCUGAAGGAGGGCGGAGGCGGGGAGAGAGCAAGGAUGCUGAGUGACACGUCUGUAAAUGAUGUCGGCGGGUGCGGCAAAACCGUAAGAACAGAGUCCCUGUUGUAAAACCAGUUUGAGAGGUGAAAUCACCUGCAGCACCAGCAUUUUCUUUUGUGCUAGUAGAAAUGGAUAGAUCUACUUCACAUGUCUUGUUUUUAAAUGCUUCAUGGGGGGGCUUAUUUGAAUCUCUACCACAGAUUGAGUCCAGCAUCUUGAUUCAGACAAAUUAAAUGUACUUAACUGGGAAGUGUGUAAUUGCUCAUCUUGCAGCGGUGGGUUUUUAAUCAAGUGUUAUUUAUUCUUCACAUUAUUUUUAAAUGUGUGCUGAUUUUUGCACUCAGGAAUUUGCUGUAAAUGCUUUUUUUGUGUGUUUUAAUAAAUGGUUCAAACUGCA